AUGGAUUAUGAAGCUCUUCCAUUUUGGUGUCGUAUAUGUCAUGAAUAUGGUCAUUUGCAGAGAAAGUUCCCAAGAUUAAACCAAUUAGUCAAUUUAACUAAGAUUCCUUAUCAACCUAUCCCUAAGGAUGAUAAAGGGAAAGCUACUUUGUUAGAAGGAAUUACAUACAAGAAGGAUUUAAUUUUUACAAAACUUCAUAAUAAUAACAAAGACCAAAAGAGAACCCUCAAGGAUAGACAAGAAGAUGGGAUCUUAAAUCAAUUUGAUGCAUUGGAAUAUGGGGUUCAAGAGGAUGGGGUUCCAAUAGGUUUUAUUUCUAGUGUUGGUUCUUUGGGUGAGGAUCACACAAGUAUUAGAGAGAGCUUUAAAGAAUUCCUUGGCGAGGAAAAGCUGAAGGAGCUCAUUAAUUUUACUCUUCAUUACAUUGCUGACUUGGAUAUCCCUGUAAAAAGGGGUACCUUCAUAGAGUUCAGAAGUGGGAUGCUGAAUGUGUCACCUAUUGGUAGAAACUGUAGUCGAGAAGAAAGAGAUGAAUUUGAGCAGUAUGAUAAGAUUCAUGGCAUACGCAUGAAAAUGGUUGAAGUGCUUCGUAACAAAUUUGCACAUUUAAAGCUAACCUAUUCCAUUGGAGGACAAAUUAGCUUUGAUGUUUUUCCUCAGGGCUGGGAUAAAACAUACUGCUUGAGAUAUUUAGAGAAUUAUUUUAACGAGAUCCAUUUCUUUGGGGACAAAACCUACAAGGGGGGAAAUGACCAUGAAAUCUUUGAAUCAGAAAAGACAGUGGGUCAUACAGGUUAG